AAAUAAAUUAGAUUUUAUUAGAUCAAAUUAUGUCUUGUUUCAAAUAAUAUUAAAAAGUUUCCAUUGGUUUAAAUGUUAAAAAACCAAUAACUUAAAAAUGUCUGCAACUUUAAUCCACAAGAGCCAGUUUGGCGAGAUAAAGGUGGGAAAUUUUUACAAGCCCAUUUACUGUUACACCUUAGAUAACUCAAAUAUGACGGUGGAUUUAUUGCAAUAUGGUGCAUCCAUUUCGAGCAUCAAACUGCCAGACACACAAGGCAAAAAAACAGAUAUCGUACUAGGAUUUAGUAAUUUACAGUCAUACCAGGCAGACUACAAUGCAUACUUCGGAGGAAUUGUCGGACGUGUUUGCAAUAGAAUAGCGAAUGGAACUUUCAUGAUAGGAAAAAAAAUCUAUAAUGUGUCAAUUAAUAAUCCUCCCAACACUCUUCAUGGUGGAUUUCAUGGCUUAGAUAAAAAGAUUUGGGAUGUGGAAAUUGCGACGGAUAAGGUAGUAUUCACCUGCAUAAGUUACCACAUGGAAGAGGGUUUUCCAGGUUAUGUGGAAUUCACUGCUACUUAUGAACUAACUCCUGGAAACGAACUGAGACUCGAUAUGCGUGCGAAGACAACUCAUACAACACCCAUUAACUUGACGAAUCACAGCUACUUCAAUCUGGCAGGUCAUGAAACCGGUUGGCAAGGAAUCAAAGACCAUGAUUUGCGAAUUAAUGCCGACAGAUAUACUCCUGUGGAUGAUAACUUGAUACCAACUGGAGAAAUAUUGCCAGUGAAAGGGACACAAUUUGAUAUUAGGAACAGAAAAAAUCUUGGUUUAGUGAUAAGUAGAUCAACUAUGGGCUAUGACUGCAACUAUGUUAUUAAUGGAGAAGGAAUGAAAUUUUGUGCAAGGGCAUUCCACAAAAAGUCAGGCCGUGUCUUGGAAAUAUACUCUGAUCAGCCAGGGAUGCAGUUUUACACUGGCUAUUAUUUAUCAAAUAUACCUGGUAAAAAUAGGGCUGUUUACAAUAGGUAUUCAGGAUUUUGCUUUGAAACUCAAAAUUUUCCUAAUGCGGUUAAUACUCCAUCAUUUCCUAAUUCUAUCUUAGAACCUGGUGAUGAAUACAGCCACUCAGUUACCUACAAGUUUACUUUUGAUCAUCAAAAAUCUUCCGUCAUAUAAUAAACUGUGCAGCAUACAUAGUCUAUACAGAAGUAUCUAUUUUAUAUAUAUAUUUUACUUUUAUGUGAUAUACAUUUUAAUCGAGUAUAUUAAUAGUCACUCGGUACUAGUUCACAAGAGUUCCGCACGGAUUACGCGUGGUUCACAAUCACUUCGAUCACACUUGUUCAUGGAAUCCCGAAAACAGCCGAAUGUUGUCGUCUUUUAUGACGUCAGCUAUUGUCCCUC